UCCCUUCUCUUAUGCUUCUCCAAUUCCAGAUAUGUCGGUAUUGUUCCCGGAUAAUCCGGGUACAAGUCUUGGUGAGGCACGAUUCUCGAAUUUCACUCAAGAAAUACCGGAACAAAGCCCGGACUGGAUAGCUGAUAUUUUCCCUAAUAAUUCUUUCAUUGAUAGUGAAGCACAUACUGUGAUCAAAGGAUUCUGUCGAAAUGUGCUCUUGUACGAGUUACCAUAUCUUGGAUUACGGUAUUGGGAUGUCGCUAUAUUAGUACCGAAUCUGUUGUUCUCGCUAUUUCUAAUAUUAAAUGCCAGGCAUGUCCUGAAAAAAAUCACCAAUUCGAAAAGUCCCGUAUUUAGGGCAUUUUUUCUUCUGGUUUACCUUACUACUUUUAUGAAUAUUGUACGAUGCAUCGUAUCGAUGUCAAUCAGUGCAACAAACCCGGUUGGCGAGCUGGUGGACAAAAUCCUAUGGAUUUCGCUGAAAUUUUUCUACAUGACCUCGGAGCUGAGUGUAUUGACGUUUGCGCUUUUAUUUGGACACCUUGAUAGUUCAACAAGUAUCAGAAGAGCGCUCAUAGCGACGCUACUGAUUAGCUUAGCUCAUACCGGUAUACAGUCUGUUUUGGAAUUAAAACUUAUCGAUCAGUCAAUAACAGACGGCUUCUUCGACCUUCAUUCAGAAGGAGGUCUAAUAUUCUGGAUGCUCACAUCUGCUGCUUUCGCUCUUAUAUAUCUAUUCGUCUUGUGUCUGCCACUUACAUGUGUCAGGAGAUAUGUGACUUUACCAAGUAAAUGCUCUUUCUACUUGUACUGUAUAUUGCUAUCAUUUUUGAAUAUCUUGCAAGCUUUGGGUGCGGUUUUGCUGUUUUUCCAAGCUACAGAUGGAAUGUGCUUUGUCGAUUUCUCGACGUAUCUCUACUUCUGUUUUUACACCCCAAUCGUAUAUGUGACCUUCUUGAGGAGGUCUCUAAAACAUCCAAACUCAAACUCUGGUAAUAGCCUAUUUUCGUACAGGAAGCAGCGUGAUGAGCACGGCUCUGGCGAUUUGCCAGAUUCGUAUUAUCCACGUUUUUCGGGCUUAACCUCACCAUCAUACGACGAUUUAUUCGAUUGUUCUCCACGUUAUGCUACUGCUCCUUUUCCGGAUGCUCCGCUGAUGCUCUCGACAGCGGAGACAGCCGAAUCGACGGUAACAACGAGAACUGGGUCUGAUGAGUGGGAAGCCAGGCAUUCUGGUUAUUGGGAUACCAACAUGGAAACACGACAUCUGAAAGGUCUGGGUGCUGAUGGAAGCCUCGUCUUCGACGAUGACCCGUACCCACGAUGGCAUCGAUGAAGGGACCUACAAAAUCGGCCCCCGUGGAUUCAAAGACACCUCAUACACGCUCCAUCAACGCUAGUGAAGCACAAAUCUCAGCUGUACCCUAUUUAACGCCCGCAGCACUUUCCUAGCGUGAAUUCACCCGAAAAACUCAUCCGGAAGCGUGUGAAUUUAUAGCUUUAAUCGCUUAAAAUCAGGCAUAGGAAGUUUACACUUUGUUUUUUGGUCAACAUAUCAGCUGCAGAGCACGCUUACGAGAGAUAGGUACCUCAAUGGGUUAUCAUCAGCCCUCGCUGAACCUCCACAUUCUUAUAGAUUUUUCCAUUAUUUCUCAUACCGGUGAUUUCCCCCGAGGUGACUCCAUCUCAGCUAAUUUAUAUAUCAGAGCAUCCCGAAUGAUAAUAUUCUGUUAAUACGGUUUCCUGUGUGUUUUCGUACGUUUAGCUCUUUUCUGACUGCAGCAUCCUAGAAAAUCCU